AAAUAUUUUCAAUUGUGUUCUUAUUGUUUUUAUACUGCUACAAACAACUUUGUCAUUUCUUUGUUUUUUUUCUCAAUUUUUGAUGAAUAGUUAAAUAAAAAAAAAAAUUGGCCGUGGAAAGUGGAGAAUAAGAACAAAGAAAUAUUACCAUCUCUCACCAAUGUAACCAUUGACCCUCUUUAAAUUCCGCCUUUGAUCAUGAUGAUGAUGAAGUUGUUGCAUACCACUUUGGCUUUAGAAAGAUGAUCGAAGCAUUUGCCAAUCACUUUAGCAGUCAUUUGGGCAGACACUUGUUCUAUUGGGCCAAUAUUGUAUUGUCAGAGUCGAGUGAUUCGGAAAAUUCCGAUUCAGAGAACAGCCUCAAUCUGAAGAUCUCAAAUUUAAUCAAUAAAUUCCAUGCCCCACUGGAACGUGGCGUACAGAUAUUGGAUCAUUUGUUAACGCUGGACGAAGACGAUUUCAAUGAACAUUGGGGCAGUGCCUACAAUCACAACUAUGAAUUGGAUCUUGGCGGAGGAGGAGGUGUUAAUGGCAAUGGCAAUGACAAUGAAAAUGAAAAUAACCGUAACGCAGUCGGAGCUGAUCGCAACGGAGCAAUCGAUGUACAAAAUCAAGAAGUUAUAAAUUAUCACAACAACAACAACAACAUACAGCCCUUAAUUAUCAUAAGAAGAAACAUGGAAACUUUGAAUAAUGGCAAUGGUAUGUUGCUCUCCCCACCACAUAAUAAUUCAGGCCAUCAGCAGCAGCAACAACAGCAACAUCAACCACAACAAUCAACACGUGGUAGUGGUGGCGGCGGCGGCGGCGGCAGCGGUGGACUAUCAUCGGCAGCCGCAGCUGCAACCGGUGGUGGUGGCUUGCCCACAGCUGGCGGAAAUGAGAGAAAUGUUAGUGGCUCAGUUGCUGCUGCCUCAUCUGGGGAAAAUAAUAUACAAAUAACACAACCGAUAAGUGCACCCUCAUCGCCUUUGGCCUCGCCGGGAGCCAUUAGUCCCUCAUCAUUUUGUCUGCCAUCAAGUUCCGCGGGAUCUACAAUGGGGGCUGCCACAAAUGGCAGUGGCUCAUAUGUCUGUCCAAAUGGCGUUAGCCCAAGCAGUUUAUCAUAUGCAAAUUUGGGAGCCUCCAAUUCAAAUGAUACAGCCGAUCCCAAUUGGCAGGCCACAAAGGCCACAGUGUUGGAACGCAAUGCGGCCAUGUUUAACAAUGAACUGAUGUCGGAUGUACGUUUUGUGGUGGGUGGUGAUUUUGUAGAUGCUGUUCAAACUAUACCAGCUCAUAAAUACAUUUUGGCUACAGGCAGUUCGGUAUUUUAUGCAAUGUUCUAUGGAGGUUUGGCCGAAAAUAAAAAUGAAAUUAAAGUGCCUGAUGUGGAACCAUCGGCCUUUCUCACCCUAUUAAGAUAUUUAUAUUGCGAUGAAAUACAAUUGGAACCUGAUAACAUUUUAGCCACUCUAUAUGCCGCCAAAAAGUAUAUAGUUCCCCAUUUGGCCCGAGCCUGUGUCAACUAUUUAGAGGUUAAGUUAACGGCAAAAAACGCCUGUCUACUUCUCAGUCAAUCACGUCUUUUCGAAGAGCCCGAACUGAUGCAACGUUGCUGGGAAGUUAUCGAUGCUCAGGCCGAGAUGGCCAUUAAAUCCGAGGACUUUGUCGACAUCGACCUCAAGACAUUCGAAUCGAUUUUAUGGCGCGAAACUCUGAACUGCAAAGAGAUUCACUUGUUCGAGGCUGGCCUAAAUUGGGCUCAAAACUGUUGCCAAAAGAUGUCUAUUGAGUGCAAUCCGCAAAAUAUGCGUAAAGUUUUGGGACAGGCACUGCAUUUAAUACGCAUUCCCACCAUGUCAUUGGACGAGUUUGCCAAUGGUGUGGCCCAGACGGGCAUUUUAACCUCCCAGGAGACAAUAGAUAUGUUUUUGCAUUUUACGGCAAAGAUCAAGCCAUCGCUGAAUUAUCCCACUAAGCCAAGGGCUGGUCUGAAGACGCAAGUUUGUCAUCGUUUUCAAUCGUGCGCCUAUCGAUCGAAUCAAUGGCGUUACCGUGGACGUUGUGAUAGUAUACAAUUUUCUGUGGAUCGAAGAAUCUUCAUUGUUGGCUUUGGCCUGUAUGGCUCUUCAACUGGUGCUGCAACAUACAAUGUUAAAAUCGAACUCAAACGUUUGGGUCGUACACUGGCCGAAAACGAUACCAAAUUCUUUUCCGAUGGUUCCUCCAACACCUUUCAUGUGUUCUUUGAAAAUCCUAUACAAAUUGAACCUGAAUGCUAUUACACAGCCUCGGUUAUAUUGGAUGGCAUAGAAUUGUCAUUCUUCGGCCAAGAGGGUAUGUCCGAAGUAUGCAUGGGCAAUGUAACCUUUCAAUUCCAAUGCUCAUCGGAAAGUACAAAUGGUACUGGUGUACAGGGUGGACAAAUACCCGAAUUGAUAUUCUAUGGACCAACGGCGGUGACAUCACCCAUGCAAUCGAUGUGUGCCAGUCCCAUAGGAGAAUUAGAGGCUGCUGCCGCAGGCCUAUUGAUAACAGGCAAUUCGGGGGCAAAUGGUGGACGUGGUGAAACAGGUGGUGGUGGUGGUGGUGGAAAUUCGGGUCAAAGCCGAAGUAAUCGUAAUUCUAGUGAACUGACAGCAAAUUGUGAUGAAAUCUUAGGAGCAAGUUCUAGUGCAGAAGGGGGACCUUCUACAAAUUAGAAUAUAUACAAACACAAAAUCUCAAAAUGAACUAAUUAAAUGGAAAAGAAAAGACAGAAUACACAGUCACACACACACACUCACACACACACGCAUACAUAAUAUACAAUACAUACUUUAUAUAGAAAUGGUAGUAGAGUAGUAAUAAAGUCAUAAAAAUCAACAUCAUCAACACAAUGUCAUGGAAUAUUUAGAAAACAAACAACAAAACAUUGAAACAAAGGUUUUUUCUCUUUCUCUCAUUAGAUUAUAACAUAAAAAUAAAACAGAAAAAAUACAGAAAAUAAUUAAUUACAAAAAAUAUUAUAAUCAUAGUCAUUUUUAUAGAAUUUUCUGAACAGAGGAACACUUUUUUUGGUUUUAUUUAAAACAUAAACAUUUUUCAUUGUAAAAGAUAUGGAAGCUAUAUAUUCUAAAAAGACAAACAAGAGAACUAGAGCAACACAGUUAGAUUAUAACAUUGGAAAAUGCAAGCGGAAACGGAAACAUGAAGGGAACAUUAAAGUCUGCUGUUACAAUUCAAAAAAAGCCCACAAACAAACAAAAAAUGGAAAAGUAAAACCUAUAUAUUUAAGCAAUAUCGAAAACGACAUCUAAAAAUAAAUAAUCAACUCUAAGCCUAAAAAUUUUCGCCAAAAAUUAUACUGAAGAGAAAUUACAUCAUUACACCACAACUAUACACAUCUACAAUAAACUAAUAAACAUCACACAAAAGGCAAUCAAUUACAACAAGAAAACUAAAAGAAAAAGGAAAAACAAAGUAUUGGUAAAAUUUAUAAACAAACAAAUAUAGACACACACACAAAAAUCUAAAAACUGGGAUCUUAACAAAAUAAUGAUAAUUAGAAAACAAAAUUAACAAAAAAAACUUCUCAUUAUAUAUACAUACAUAUAUAUCUUCUAUAUAUAUAUAUAUAUAUAUACAUACAUAUAUACAAAAUUAAAUAUACAUACAAAUAUAUAUUUAAAGAAAAGAAAAACAAAAAAAGUCAUAUUUCCAAAAAAGAAAACAACAACACAGUUAUUAUAUUACGUUAAUAAUGUAGUUUAUCCUUGAUAGAAUAUUUGACCAGUUAACAAACAAAGACAAAACGAAAAGAUAAAAAAAUUGAGAAAAACCAACAUUUUAUUGAAACUUAAAAAUUAUACGAAAACAAUAUUUACUACCCCCCAAAAAACACAAGAGGAAACAUAAAAGUCAAAACAACAAGUGUAUUCAAACCAAUGGUACUUCAUUA